AUUGCAAUGGCGCGAGCAGUGACAGGCUCGUGCGCUGUGGAGACUUUCUUACGCAACUUCGAGAGCGAGAAGAGCCGCUACCAGGAGAUCCUCGAGAUUACACUCUGCUACGGAGUGCAGUGUCUAGCGCGUACAUUCUCGCUCAAAGGCAUCAGCUGCAACGAGCUGCGCGCCAUCACAAGGUAUGACACUGCCAAAAACCGGAACUUCUUCGUACGCAAUGCGUCUCAACCAAUUGUCAAAGAGGUCAACGCUAUGCAGCGUGCGCCGGUGGAAGUACGGGCCAAGCCGUCGCACUCAUGGCGAGAUGGAGAAGUGGAGAUGCCGGAUUUCCCCGAGCCGUCCGCGUUAACUGAGGCUAAGGAGAAGAGGGCAAAUGAUUCAGGGACUAGGACAGCAAACGGUGAAGCGACGUUGUAUUCGCUACCACCGCCGUUUGAUGAGAUUGAUUUCCAUACAAAAUUAAUAGGGAAGCAACUCGUGGAUCUGGCGUGGAAGGUGUUUGCAGGGAGGGAAGGAGCGCAGAUCAGUACGAGGCAAGAGUUGGAAGACAAGUUUGUUCGUGUAGAUCAACGGAAGGUGUCCACGACGAUUCCAGCCCUGGAAUUACCAGUGACCUCAUUCUCAGAGUUUUUGGGUGCUUAUGUCACGGAAUGUGUGCGGCAAUCGCAUCGAACAGGACAUUCUGCAGACGAGUACAAAAGUGACAGUGAAGACAACAAUGUAGAUGAUAAGAAGAGCAUUUAUGAUAGUACGGACGCUCGUAGAUCUUCAGUAACUGAUCCACGAGAACGAAGCGUUAGGACUCCGUGUGCUGCGAUGGGUAACACGACGUCGCGGGAUUUUCCUCGUGUGAGCGCAGAGCGGAAGCAGCGGCCCAUUCACCCACAACCUCAGCCGCGACAUUCACGACAGAUUCCUCGUUCGCUGCAGCAUGUACAAUCUAAAAUCCAACCUGAGUUGGAUUCUCGACGCCAGAAGAUCCUGCGAGUGAAGAAGACACAAUCGCAACGAAUGGCAGAGACCUUAGCAAGGGCUCGAUUGGCUGAGUAUGAUGUGCGACGAGAGUUACAGGAUGUGCGUGAGAGACGCCUUGGCCCCAAGAAGAUGCCUAUCAGUGAAAUAACGAAAGGUACGCAAUUAUCACUUGUAUGAGGUUUGCCAGUGGUAACCGUGCCACUGUUGUAGGUGCCGCUGCUUUGGAAAUCGUGGAUGAUUUCAUGAAAAGCCCUCUAAUGGACAAGUUUGGCCGUGGAAAUCUGCCAACUUCGGGUGACACCGAUCAGCAGCGUUCAGCUCAGAAGGACCCACUGAAAGAGGAACUGUACGGAACAGCAGCGCUGGACAGCUCUUUUCUAGGAUGCAAGCCUGCACCUGAACCGCGACGCCGAUCGGAAAGCGAACAAAAACAACCUAGGCGAAACUACAACGGCUGGCUAGGUGACUUCGGGCCACUGCACACGAAAACCGUUCGACCUGAAUGGGACGAAGCUGAGGACGAUGCUGCUGAUCUGGAACCAGGUACGUGCUGGCUAAAGCAAAUCAAGCGUGCAAAGUAUUGAUAAUUGAGAAAACGUCCAGGUGCCAAAAGAACCAACUUCGAGUGGAAUUUCGAGCAGUAAGUAUCGAGAAAUCAUGGAGUAGAACUAUGCGCUGACAGAUGAUUAUUUUUCUCUCUCCUCUUUUAUUUAGUCUUCCUGGUGGACGCCACGAGACUGUAGAUCGUCAUAUUUCGCAGACGAACAAGACGAAGACACAGUCGAACUUAGAAGGAGACAAGAGUUACGAUGGCGUUAGGCGACCGAUGGAUGACUUCGAUGAGUCCCUCAGUGAUGCACUGAGUGUAAACUCAGACCCGGUAUUCCGAUGGCUGAAAGAUGCCGUUUGAUUUUAGUUAACAUGAACUGCAAUGCUAUCUUACAUUAGUCCCACUCGUAAUGCAACAGCAACAUUAACGAGAGAGUAGAUGAAGUAAUAAACCAUGAGAACCUUGCCAUACCAAGCCGGACAAUGAUACUUGCAGUGUCGAAAAACCAACAACGACGCCACAAGAGAAACAGAAAGGAAGCCCAACGAUAUCCAAGCAUGAACGUCAAGGGAAAGGUCCUCACUACGUCCAGACACGAACGCGAAAGCCAUAGGUAGCCCCAAACCGAGCAGGAUGUUGAAUACUGGACCACCAAAGCAGCCAGCGAUAGCCAUCUGUGGGAACCCAGCUCGAGCCACUGACACGUCAGUGAUAAAGUCACCCACAGAGUUUCCCCACGCAAGUACAGUCAGCCCCAACAGGCUAUUACUAGCAUGAGUGAUGUAGCCCACAGCCACCAGUAGAGCCAUCAACUCGUUCGCUACAGCAUAAAUCCAGCAAACGCAAGCCACGAAAGCCAACGAGAGUAAAAGAGCUGCCGAUUUAAGUGAUCGUGGAGCGUGUGAUCGGUGAGUGAAGAACGAGAUGACACCACAGGCACAGCCACCCACAACUACGAGAGCUUGCCACAAUGGAACACGAUGUGGAUACUUUCCACUGGAGAUAUCAACAUCAGCAUAUCCACUCGUCAGUGCAACUAACAGAGGAACAGUUAGAGGUGAUAGACAUGCCUUGGGACGUGACCACGACUCAUCGUCGAAGAGAGGGACGGUGAUAUCUCGAAGGAAAAUAAGCAUCGCUUGUGGGAGGUAGAGAACCUUAAUCACAAGGGGCUUGUCGCUUCUAAAUACCCGGAUAACACGACGUUUAAGUCGCCAUCUCCAGCGUAAAUGCUGCUGCCAUUCCGGAAUAGCGCUCUCGUCAUCAUCUGCAUCACGCUCAUCGUCGGCUAUCAGCGGAGACGACAGUGAAUCCUCCUCUUCAAUAUCAAAAUGAUCAUCAAACACUCGACUUGAAAAGCGUAAACCCGCCGGCUCACUGGCUGACGACAUCUCGAUUUCCU